AUGAAGCAUAAGAAAUCUAUAAAGAAGUUUCUUAAAUCUUUUUUUAUCUUAAUACAGGCAAUUGUUUUUAUGUAUUCGAUUUCUCUAAAAAUUAUUUCAUUCACUGUGUAUUUAAAAGCUAGAGAUAUUUUACAAAUGUCAUUAGGAGUGUUCUUACUAUUAUUUGGAAUAUCCUCAACCUCCGCUUUGUCAUCUAUAUUAGGAUUUCAUAUAUUAAAUACUAAAAAGAAACUAAAAUUAACAUUUUGGAUAUUAAUUACUAUGUUUUUAAUUAAUUUUCAAGUUAUAUUGGCUAUAAAAAGUUCGUUACUACCAGAAAAGAGUCUUUUUUGGGGAGAUAAUAUCUGGGAAGGGAUGAAUGAAUAUCAGAAAAAUUUUGUACAAGAAAGAUUUAAAUGUUGUGGAUUUCGUGAUACGAGCGAUAGAAAUGCUACAGUGUGCAAUUUUAAAGACAAAAGUUGUUUUAAAGUUUUAUAUAACUUGUCUUUAAGUUUACGAAUGUUCAUCGAGAGAAGUGUUGUAUUCAUGUUGUUUAUUGAAUCAAUGGGAGUAUGUAUUGUUUCAUUAAUUAAAUAUAGAAGAUAA